GGUUUUUUGACGCCUGGUCCCAAGUUGUCGUCUGCCCAUCAGCCCCGUUGGGCUUUUGGGUAGGGAAAGUAAUGUACUGUAAGAGGUACCAUGUGUGGUACCGUACCGUACUUACCUUGGCUUGGAAUUAUUUGCUAAUGAAGCUUCCCUGUAUAAGACUGAUGGCAUCUCCUCUUUCCCCCCUUUUUUUUUUUGUUUUCUUCUCAGUGCGGUCUCUCCGGAAGUCAACCUAUUUUUGAACUUGAACAUAUAAGCUCAACUGCCAACCGCUGCUGCUUGCAAAUCCAAAAAAGAACAGACUCUGCCCUAGUUUUGAUCUAGCCUUACGCCAAACAACAAAACAGCCAAGCGUUCUUUUUCCUCCAAAGAAACAUCCCGACUUCCCUCUUGCCCAGACACAACAAACCGGGACCAUCUUACUUUAGUUUACUACGCUUGGCCUAGUCCGGGGUGCACGCUUUGCCAAGUCUAGUAUCUUUUUUCCCACUUGCUUUAACACUUUCUUGGUCCUGCGUUCUUCUAGCGCCCGCUCAACCGGACACCUUCCAUCAUACCUAUCAUAGGUACCUUGACGGAGGUUGCACGGUGCUAGCGGAAAAAAGAAAGAAAGCAGCGACAGGGCCCGCGUGGUGAUUAUUCUUCUUUACUUGGGGCGCAAGCAAACAGCCAAACGCCGUUUUUGGGGGUGGAGCUGUUGCUCCUUUUUUUAGCUCGUGUCUAACGAACGCCCUUGCCUAGUCUCGGGUGUGCGCGUCCUUCCUCUUGUCUUGUCUUGUCUUGCACAAGUCGGCGAAAGAAAGGACCUAGAAACAAACCCAUUUAUACGGCUCUGGAUCCCCGUCGUUGGGCAAGAUUCUUUCGGCCGGCCUUGCGAUAGUUUUGUCUCUCUGUUUGUCUUGGCUCGAACGUCCUCUUCGAGAAGACUUAUAACCCAGACUGAAGAACGAGGUGGAAACACAUCAGAACCCACACCAGAAAUCCAAACAAGUCUUCUUUCACCCUUCUACUUCUUUUUGCCUUCUUCAACAAGAUGGCAUCCUUCAUCCGAUCCCGAGCCGACUCGGCCACAUCCUUCGCCAGCCGUUCGACAAGCUGGUCUACAUCCAGCAACGAUGACGAUGCCAUAACCCCCGUCGCACAAGAGUCAUUUUUCUCUCAUCCUGCUCCUGCUGUUGCAAUCCCUGUUGCGCCCGAGACUCCAGUACCGGAGCUCCGCCGGCCAGCCUCGGCGGCAGGCUCCAUGGACAGCCGGAGCUCAGCUUCGACCACGGCCACAUCAUCCUCGUCGUCAUCUUCUCUGUGUCCGGCGGUCGACGCCGCAGACCUCUGGCGCCGUAUGCUUGCAGUCCAGCGCAUUUACCACUGCUACAACUCGGCCCGCAUUAGCGCCGCGCUGGACAAUGAAGUCCUGCAGAAGCGCGUUCCGUCAAGAGCAUGCCUAGACCUCCUGAAUGAUGGCAUCUCACAUCUGCCCGAGGACGAGAAGCAGCAGGUGGUUUAUUUUAUUGAGCACGGCAAGGUCCAGCAGAGGAAAUCUCGGAGUUUCUGGCGGAGAAGGCUGAUUAGGACGCCAUAAGCACCAUGACCUUGUUCGAAAUUCUUACCCCCCUUUUUCUUUUCUUGCCCGAAUUUACACUCACUCUACCAACCCCAUGAUUUUACCACGGAAGAUUUCUAGCAUUGGCGCCCCAGGAGUUUAGGAUACCUAUUUCAAUUUUAUUAUACCUUUGUUAUAUUGUAUCACCUUAUUUACAUACGCAUACCCAUACCAAUAUCCCCACUGUAGCUAGAUUGAUUACGACGCAGCUUGCAGCCGUUUUGUUCGGAAAUCUUGGUAUUUGUUAUCAAAUUGACAAGCAAGUCUGGUCGACAAUUGAAUACCCUCGUUGGAAAC